UUAUACCCGUGAAGACAAACUCGGAGGACCGCUUGAGAAGUGAGAACAUAAGAGGAAAGAUGAGCUCUGUUUGCAUAUCCAACUGCAUCAACGAUGCACGUGACCCACGUGUUCCGGUGAGGGCAACGUACGUCAACCUCUACAAGUGGCCGGAAUCAGACGCUGAGUUUGUGAGGUCAGUGAGUUCCAAUGGACGAAAGGGUUCGCAAACGUACGGACACCCCAGGGUUGUGGACAGCAUCUCCUGCAGGCAAUUGUAUUUGAGAAGCUACACAUUUUCCAGAGAAGAAGAAAAAGUGCCAAAGAAUGCCCAGAAAUGUUUUGGGAGGGUGAAGAUGAAGGUGAAGGAACCUGAAGCUCAUGCGAAGAAGAACAAGACAAAGUGUUUGGUUUGGAGGAAAGCUAAGGAAAUCUCGUGCUCUGCUUUGUUUCGGAUUUUCCAUAGGUUGUUGUCCUGCUCAGCUAGUGUGGAUGUCGUGGACGACAAAGAUUGA